CGCGCCGCGAACGGUUUCCCUUUCAGGGCCCGGGCGGCGCCAGGUGACAGCAUCCGGCGGCGCCCUGGGGAGGAACCAAGUGCCUGGAAGCCGGAGGGGUGUGCGCGCGCCCUGGGAUAGCGGGAGCUUCAGGGCUGGAAUAGGGGGCAUCUGUUGCUCCCACGAUGGCUUCUGAUGUUGGAGAUGCCCAAAUAUUGGAACCCUCUUCUGUGUCGUCUUUGGAGACUCGCGCACCCACGAGGAAGGCUAAGAAGAAGGGAGGGUUGCCAGACGCCAAACGGAAAGGGCGGGCCAAGCGGUUGAACAAAGAUGCGGAGGAUCUGCUCUCAAGCAUGCAGCGAUUGGAUCUCACCACAGAAUGUGCUACACCAGUAGGGACCGGCCUGGUUUGGGAUGAACGGAUGACACAGUUUCACUGCACAUGGGAUGAAAGUUUCCCAGAGCGUCCAGAGCGGCUGGUGGCCAUACGAGACAAACUGCUGCAAUGUGGACUGCUGGAACGUUGCAUCCCAGUUGAGGCUCAAGAAAUUUCUGAGGAGGAAAUCCUCUUGGCUCACAGCCCCGAGUACUUGGCCCUGAUGAAAUCUACUGAAACCAUGAGUGAGGCUGAGCUGAGAUCUCUGUCGGACACAUAUGAUUCUGUCUAUCUGCACCCAAAUUCCUACCACUGUGCCUGCCUUGCUGCUGGUUCUGUCCUGCAACUUGUGGAGAAGGUGCUGGCUGGGAAGCUGCGUAACGGCCUGGCUCUGGUCAGGCCACCUGGACACCACGCUCAACAUGACAAGAUGGAUGGCUACUGCAUGUUCAACAACGUAGGCAUCGCAGCCCAAUAUGCGCGGCAAAAAUUGGGAGUGGAGCGGGUGCUUAUUGUUGACUGGGAUGUGCAUCAUGGACAAGGCACCCAGUACCUCUUUGAGGACAAUCCCAGCAUCCUCUAUUUCUCCAUCCAUCGCUAUGAAGGGGGCAGCUUCUGGCCCCACCUUUUAGACUCUGACAGCCAUGCUGUGGGCAGAGGUCGGGGAGAGGGCUACAACAUCAACCUGCCCUGGAAUCAGAUAGGAAUGCGGGAUGCUGACUACCUCUCUGCCUUUUUGCAUAUCCUGCUGCCUGUGGCCUUGGAGUUUCAGCCCCAGUUGGUCCUGGUUGCUGCUGGUUUUGACUCUGUAAUUGGUGACCCCAAGGGGGAGAUGUCAGCCAUGCCAGCAUGUUUUGCUCACCUGACACAUCUGCUGAUGCCGCUGUCUGGAGGCAAGCUGGUUCUGUCUCUGGAGGGUGGCUAUAACCUCCAGUCCCUGGCAGAGGGAACCUGCGCAGUCCUCAAGGCUCUUUUAGGAGACCCCUGUCCUCUGCUGGAGUCUCCUCUUACCCCAUGUACCAGUGCCCUCUGCUCCAUUUCCCAGACCCUUGCAGUUCACAGCAAGUACUGGAAGAACCUCCGGAGAACCAGUACUGAUGUGCCUCAGGAGAAUGGAGGAGCGGCUGGCAUAGUUUUGCCACCAGGCCACCCCUUGCCAGCGACCGAGAUCCUAUCCAAGUCAGCGGCAGAGCUGAUGCUACCCCGGCCCCCAUCCUGCACUGGGCUGGUCUAUGAUGAGAAGAUGACGGAGCAUUACAACAUGUGGGACAGCCAGCAUCCAGAGCUGCCUCAGAGAGUCUCCCGGAUCUUCCAGCGCCACGGGGAGCUCCGCCUGACGGAAAGGUGCUGCCGGCUCCCGGCCCGGCUUGCCUCUGAAGAGGAGUUGCGGAUGUGCCACAGCCCGGCCUAUGUGGAGACGGUGAAGUCGACGGCGGCCAUGAAGCCCCGCGACCUGCAUCGCCAGGGCGACCAGUACAAUUCCAUCUUCAUCUGCGCCAGUUCCUAUGAGUGCGCUCGGCUGGCGGCUGGUUCUGCGUUCAGUGCAGUAGAGGCCGUGCUCUCUGGGCAGGUCCAAAAUGCUGUGGCCAUUGUCCGGCCCCCUGGGCACCAUGCUGAAUCAGACACCGCCUGUGGCUUCUGCUUCUUCAACUCUGUGGCCUUGGCAGCACGAUACGCACAGCGCCUUGCUGGACGACCUAUGAGGGUGAUGAUACUAGACUGGGAUGUUCACCAUGGCAAUGGGACACAGCACAUAUUUGAAGAUGAUCCCAGUGUCCUGUAUGUCUCCCUCCAUCGCUAUGACAAUGGAACUUUCUUCCCCACCUCUGAGGAUGCAGACUAUGAUCGUGUGGGCCUGGGGCCUGGGGCGGGCUUCACCCUUAACGUGCCUUGGAACUGUCCCCGCAUGGGGGACCCUGAGUACCUGGCUGCCUUCCAUCAGAUAGUCAUGCCUGUCAGCUAUGAGUUCAAUCCAGAGCUGGUCCUGGUUUCUGCUGGCUUUGACGCUGCCCGAGGAGACCCGCUGGGCGGAUGCCUCGUGACUCCAGAAUGCUACGCACACAUGACCCAUCUGCUCCUGGGUCUGGCCGGAGGCAAGGUGGCAGUUGUCUUGGAGGGCGGCUACAACCUAGAAUCGAUCUCGGAAUCCAUGACCAUGUGCACACGCAGCCUCCUGGGGGAUCCUCUGCCCCCGCUGGGACGCCUCAAGGCCCCCCACCCCAGUGCCCUGCAGUCUUUGGCCAAUGCAGCCGCUGUGCACCGCAAGUACUGGGCAAGCCUCCGACUGGAAGUGCCUGCUCCUCUGUGGGAGAAGCCCAGGACUCGAGCUGGGAAAGGAACUCCCAUUCCAGGUGAAAUCCCACCGGAGGUCCCCCAGGAGCUGCUUCAGAGCCCCGGCGCUCAACCUGUGAAUGCCUUGAAUGAUGCCGUUUUGGCUCUGAGCUCCCUCCAGCUGGAAGACCGCCUUGCGGAGGAGGCAGAGACAGCUUCCAGUUCCCUCUCACCCGAUUCCAGUCCGGUGGGUGAAGAGGCUGGGCCCAAGGUUGGGGGGACCUCCCCUGGAGAAGCUGAGCCAGUGGUGGAUACCCAGAAGGAAAGCAUGUCGACGGGGAGUUCCACGGGUGGAGCGGAGUCUCCUGGCAAAGAGGCAGAGGUAAGCCCACCGGCUGUACGCCCAAUGCUAGCGGAGGUUAUUCUGCUUGACGAAGCUGCAGGUGGCUGCUCUUCCUCCUGUGAGCCGCUUGAAGAAGACCUGGCAGAGGCAGGGCUGUUUUAUGCUGUGACUCCCUUGCCAUGGUGCCCCCACCUUGACUCAGUGCUCCCUGUGCCUUCCCUUGGCUUGAAUGUGCUGGAGCCCUGUGCAGAAUGUGGCAGCGUGGCAGAGAAUUGGGUCUGUCUGAUUUGCUACAAGGUUUGCUGCGGCCGCUACAUUAAGCAACACAUGGUAGCUCACAACUCAGAAUCUGGGCAUCCACUGGUUCUUAGCUUUGCGGACCUCUCUGUCUGGUGCUAUGGAUGCCAAGCCUAUGUCCACCACCCGGUUCUCUUUGAAGCCAAGAGCCAGGCUCACCGGCUGAAGUUUGGUGUGGACAUGGCAAUACCGUCCUAAAGCAACUCCCUUUGUAAGGAGCAGCUAAUACAGAAUGCAGCACAAUCUGCCAUCGUUUGACCUCACUGAAUUGAACCUGAUGCUUCAAGGGCUCUUGAUGUGCCAAAUAAUAGUCAGCAAUCAUCAAUGCAAUACCACCAGCAGCCACGAAUCAAACACCAGCGACCUCAUUGCUUCCACAAGGACAAAGAAUGUUCCUUUCUGGUGUAUUCCAUGAUUGGGUCCAUUUCAAAUCAACCUUGGGGAUUUCUUCACUUCCGGGCAGAGGAGACUUGCUUUCCCUGGUGCUGAAGAAGCGCAUGUUUUUAUUGGAAGGGGGGGGGCAGGCAUUUAUCUCUGCUCACAUUGCCAGAGUCUGAUUGCACAAUAUACCCAUUCCGUCCUGUCUCAAAUUGCCACAUAUUUUUUUUCCAAAUCACCCUCUCUCCUCCAUACUAAAGUUGCUUUAUGCUAGGCUGGAGGGAAUCCAUGCUGAACUGAGAGAGGAGGGGUAAUAAUAAUGAUGAUAAUUUAUUAUUUAUAUCCCGCCUAUCUGGCUGGGUUUCCCCAGCCACUCUAGAGGGAUGUAUUCCUCUUAUCUCCUCUCCCCUCUGCCCCCCCCAAUUAAUCAAGAAUGUUUCUGCAACUAGUUGAGACGAAAGCAUGUUUUGGGCAGGUGGAAUCCUGUGACUAGGAGAGGUUCAUCUCUAGAAGGUGGAAUCCUGUGACUAGGAGAGGUUCAUCUCUAGAAGGUGGAAUCCUGUGACUAGGAGAGGUUCAUCUCCAGAAGGCUUGAAAUAUAAACGGCUGGAGGUCCACGUUCCUCUGAACUGGGUGACAUCCUGCAAUUAUAUACAUACAUAUAUUUGAUGGGAGUCUUUGGUUUGCUUGUUCCAAGGUUCUACAGUAUUUGGUGCUGCAUGUAGUAGAGAACAUGCAAGAUGCUUGCGAGGAUGGCCUAAGAGGUCUUUAGAUUAUAGAGACAGGAGCAUGCAAUCUGAAAGGCUCUCGUCUGAUGCCGUGAAGGGUAUCUUAUCAUUCUUCUAAGGCCAGAUUCUCACAUUCUUCCCAUUCCUGCCCCGUCACUGUAUAUGGACUCAAAAUUUGUGUGUGUGUGUGUGUGUGUGUGUGUUGCAGCUCAUCUGUGAAGGUGGGUGUGAAAUGGGGCCAUUUAAAACUCUGCUCUCAGCAUGCCACAGCUACAUUAUUCACACACUGUUUCCUGCAGUAUUUGGGCCUCCUGCAGUUCUGCUGCAAAAGGAGAAUGUGAGAAUUGGGCCUUGGUUACUGUGUUUGUGGGAAAUGUUUGCCGGGCUGUCGUCUUAAGCAAGGAGCAUGGCCAGUCCUUCCAAAAGGCAACCGAGAGCUGUAUCCUGGGCAAUGAGUUGCAGGGGUGGGCAAAUGGAAAAGGUUUUGGCAACCCUGUCUGGUUCAAAGUGGUUCAGAGGAGCACCUUCCUUACUGGAUUCCAGGCAACCACAGAUUGCCCCUCACCUUGAAUAGUCAAAAAACUGAAUGGGGCCAGGGUCAAGGCAACACAUCACUCUGUCCCUAAAAAAAAAUAGGUUUGGGAAAAGGUGGGUUGAAAAGGGCUUAUGUAGAGGGUGAUUGGGGUGUGUCAGUUUUAUCAGGGCCGGCCCUGGUAAGCUGGGGGGCAGGGGAGGGGUGGCUGUAGGGCAGAGAUGGGGAAUCUGUCAUCCUCCGGAUGUUAUUGGGCCUCAGCUCCCAUCAUCCCUGACCAUAUUGGCCAUGCUGGCUGGGACUGGGGAGUUCAACACCUGGAGGGUUACAGCCCCCCCCCAUUCCUUGCUAAAGGGGCUGAACUCAUACCAUGCUAUAAAGGAGGGGUGGGGGGUUUCACCGAACCUUUAGAAGUGGGAAGUUAGUUACAUUAUAGCCUUAAAAAUCCUUUGCAUAUGAUUACUUCCUUUGCCAUUGUUUCUCUGCUCAGUUUUAUAAUCUUUCUAAUUAUUCAAAUAAAGUGUUUCUGUGAA